CUGCCCAGUCCGGAAGGUGUUUUCACUUGUUUACAUUUUUUUUUAUCCUGUUUUCUUAAGCCACCCUGCAAAAGAUGGGUGACACUGACAUCGUUACUUAUUGAUGUCAUAUAUAUAUAUUUUUUACUUUCUUACACACUGCUUCAACGAUGGCUGCGAUCUGUUCACGGUACUGUUUUUGGGUCCGAUUUCUCCUUUGGGUCACUUCCUCUUGGAUACAGAUGUUAGUCACGGGUGAACAGGUAGCGGUGGUGGAGGUCUGCGUAACAGAGGAGCGACCGAUAAUCAGCGCUGUACUACAGGGACAGCUGGUGGAGGCUCGCCAGGGUGGAGUCCCCGGGCAUGAUGACAACUCUUUUGGAAAACAACUCGACCUUGAGGGAGAUCUGAUAUUGGUGCAGGAUGAGCGAUCCCAGGUAACCGAAGUUGAAGGGGCAGCUACCGCUGCCCAGGAUAGGGAGUCAUGGAUUGGAGUAGUCCCUCUGAAGAUGGAGACACAAUCUUCUACUGGGAACCAGGAUUCUUUUGCCGAUACAGUAGUCAAUAAAAUGAAACGAGCCUUGGUGCUGGGGGCAUCCGCACUCAUCAUUCUGGCCCUCAACCACAACACCGUCAGCGAGAUGGAUUUGUCCCAAGUGCUGUCCAAACCUAUCAUCAUCAUCCAGACAUCAGAGAAUGUCACAAAGCUGAUUGGUGCACUUCUCAGGGGCCUUCACGCAACAGCCAAGAUCACAUACAAGACUAUAUUACAGGACAACCUGGGGGCCACCCUGACCCUUUGGUCAUCUUGCGGCCGUUCGAGAGGUGGUCUGUACGGAGAGUGGCAGGGGGUGAUCUGUACCGGAGAGACCAACUCCCAGGUCCAGAAAUACCUGCAGCAGCUUUGGAACACUGUCCUGAUGGUGGCUGUGGUACUCAGCACAGGGGUCAUAGUUCAAGCCCGCUGGCAGUACCAUGACAACCAGCUCACUGAUGACGGGGAGUCGUCCAAACAAGACAUACUGAGGAGAAUGUCUUCCCUGAAGACCAAAACAUACUGCCAGCCCAAGCCCUGGUGUGACUCAUCCCAACCAAUGGAGGCGGAGAACUGUGCGGUCUGCCUGGAGCCCUUCAACAAUAACCAGUGUCUACGUGUGCUGCCGUGCCGCCACGAGUACCACAGAGAUUGUGUGGACCCCUGGCUGAUCCUGCAGCACACCUGUCCCCUGUGCAAACGCAGCAUUCUCGGUAACAUCUGCAGAGAGAGUUAAUGUCGGACGGAAGUUGGUGUCGCCAGCUCCCUCGCCGGUCCUCAGCCCGGACCCAAACCUCCGCUACUUCCUCCAUCCACAACCCUCCACCCCAGAGCAUGGCUAGAAGUACGUGCUUGUCAAAAUGGACCACUUGGCUCACUGCAGCUAGCCCUGUCCAGUCCCCUGACUUUGGGGGCGGGCGUAGGGUAACCCGGAGGGGGACACAGGAAGAGUCAGUAAGGUUCAAUGUUACGAGAGGAAACAAAAAGGUCCAAUACUGUACCACUGUUGUGGAUGGCAUGUUACUGUACCUGUGUGUGUGUGUGUGUGUGUGUGUGUGUGUGUGUGUGUGUGUGUGUGUGUGUGUGUGUGACCAAACCCACCUUACUGCUGGCGCCGGAGAAAUUCAUAAUUCCCUUUCAAAAAAUUAGAAAUUCAUGGGAAUGCAACCAGUCUAUUUGAGAGUGUCAAUAUUGCACGGGCCCACACUCUAGCAAAACAAAGAUUUUUAAUGACUACUAAACGGAACACUACACUGUCGUUUAAACCGGCACCAUUGCAUUACCUCCUAACCCUGUGUAGAUGUAGCAUAAUAGACUAUAAUGGGAACAGAGAAUCAAGGCAUACAUUAUUCCACAAUGGAAGCAGCUAUUCAUUAUGGGAUGUUUCAGGGCAAUCUCAGAUGUCGGAUCAGGUUAUCGGAUCGGCUACAUCUAUUUAAUGUCCAAGGAUUCUGUAACUCGCAAACUGUGAGGACGGGUUGUUGGGGAAAACCCGGGUCUGCUUUACACUGAUAUAACUAUGUUGUAGAGCAUCACAUGUCCUUGACAGUGUUCUUAUGCUGUAAGAACCAUUUGGUUACACUUGAAUCAUGCAGCCAACUACACAGCAAGGCAUAGUUGGUUAGUUGCCUGUGCAAAGACUUACACUGCUCUCUCUGUAGCCGAUCACAUGCAGCCAUAGCCAGAACAUAUGAUUAUAUUGGCAACAUUGAUGACAACUCACUAGAACGACCAAGCAUAAUUUACAUUAAUUCAGGUUCUGCAUAUCCAAAACGAUAAACCAAAGCACGGGGAUGAGCUUAUUGUGCAGUGCUCAUCCCAAAAGAAAGAUUUGAAAAAAGAAAAAGUGUUACACUGCAUUAAAUACAGAUGUAUUUGAUAUAGACGUAUUUGUGCCGAAUAUGUAUUUCUUCCAAUUGAAUUCAACACUUCCUAUCCUCCUUCAUCUCCCCGUUCUCACAGACUAUAACCGAGCACCCUCUGGGAUGGGAACCCAAUACGAUGAUCGCUGGUACGGGUUAGGAAUGCCAUGUAUGAAUUUUAGAAAGAACAUUUUGCCUUCUCAUCGGGUGCUUCCAGCAUGUUUCACCAACUGGGAUGUAUACUUGAUUUGGGUACGAUUGUCUUGUUCUUUUGACUGAUAUUAUCUAGAGACAGUAGUGUAGUACUGUUUAUUAUGUGUUUUAAUGACAACUCCAAAUAAAGCAUCCACAAAUGUGCUUUUCCGUAACAAAACGCUCAGAUCGAUUUGCUAUUCUGCUCAUAAAAAAAAAAAAAAAAAUUGUGAAAAGUAGCUCUCCCUCACAUUUGAGAGGGGAAUUUCAUCUUUGCAGCAUGUGCACUCCCGCACACACACACACACACACACACACACACACACGAGAGUGAGGUGUGGAUCAGAUCGGCUAAGGUACUCUAAAUGUAGUUCUGCCUAAACUAGGCGUUGGUGAAUGAGAGAAGAUGAAGGGUGGACACGCGCUCCUCCUAAAGUACUCCCGUAGAGGCUGCAGUAAAACCUUGUUUACCCGCUCUGACGUCGUUCUGCACAGUGAAUCAGGUGAGGUCUGGUUGUUCUUCCAGAUGCAGUGAGAGCAUCUUCUCCUUCCCUUCCAUGUAUGUUCCUAUGUGGUUCUUUCAAUGUAAAUGAUGUAAAGAAAAUUAAAUAAAAAUAAUGCAUUCUAUAUAUUAAUAAACAAAGAGUAUCUAAUGAAAGAAAAUUCUUGCUUUUUUUCACAAAUCAAAUCACUGGCGGACACGUUCCGCACUUU